AUUUCACCAUCUCCCAAGUCACCACUCUUUAGUUUUCACGAACUUGAAGUUUUUUUUUCUCAUCUUAACGAAAAACAAAGAUGAAGCUCAUGGUUGUACAAUUCUGCAUAAUCUUUUUUCUCCUCACAUCUUCAUUUUUUGUACCUUCAACCGCUGAUUCGUCAUGUGGUGGAAAGUGCAACGUGAGAUGCUCAAAGGCAUCACAACAUGAAGAGUGCCUCAAGUAUUGCAAUAUAUGUUGCGAGAAGUGUAAUGGUUGUGUUCCCUCUGGUACUUAUGGAAACAAAGACGAAUGCCCUUGUUACCGUGAUAUUAAAAACUCCAAAGGCGGCCCCAAGUGUCCUUGAACAUGUUUUUAAAGAUCAUCAACACACACAUGCUAUUAAUAUUUAUAUGUAUGAAAGAUAUUAGUAACAACUAUGUUUGACGGAUGAAAUAAUAUUUGAGCUAAAUUACAAAAAAAAAAAGAGAUAAUAAUAAUAUUUGAGCUUAAAGAUUGAAGUGCUCAAUGCAUGAAAACUAUGAUAGAUCUUGACAAAAAAAAAACGAAAUACUUUAAAAACAAAUAUUAUGACCGAUAAUGUUGGCUGCUACCGAUCCUCGCCGCUAGUUUUGAUCCACCUCAGUGGGGGACUAGAUACACCUGUUUAUUCAGAAAAAAAAUAAUAUAUAUUAUGAUAUGGAUAUGUAUGUUGCUCAUGAAAGGAAGGAUCGUUCACCAGAGCUAUGAUAGAUUAGAGGAGACAUGAUGUCUCAAAGGAGCCACAAAAGCUUAGAUGAGACAUGAUCGUUCAAAAGAAUAAAAUCUUGUAAACUUCACCAUAACUUCACCAUAUCUAACUUUUAUUGUACUCUAAGCAGUUUAUGUCAUCUCCAACGUGUACUUAUCUCUAACAAAUCUGAUUCUUGCUUUUGUAUACUUCUAGGUGAAUCAUGUUUAUGUCUUUAUAACUUUUCUUUUGCUUUAGAGUCCAAUGAAAACACAAAGAAGCGAAAUCUAAAACAAGAAAAUGACCAUGAUAUAUAAAGAGAGAAUCUUUCUACAAACAAAACGAGAACGGUACUACAUCGUAGGCAAGCCAGAUGAUACAUGAAGACUCAAACCAGCAACAAACCCACCUACAAAUUCUGAUAA